UUUUUAACUUCAGUUUGCGAAAGAUAUUUGUGGUGAAUGGUGAAGUGAAUUUAAUUAAAAUUAAUAGCAGCGAACUAAAAAAAGACUGAGUGUGCGUGUGUUCGUAUAAGAAAAUACAACAAAUUGUUAAUUUUCUAAUAAAAACCAUUUAAUACUCAUUUAAUUAAUUUCAUCGAAGUAUUGGAAAAUUAAAAAAUCAAUACGGAAAAUAACACAAACAAAUUUUAAUAAAAAAUAUUUUGUUUUCAGCUUUAUUUUCUGUGUCUAAUGUUUGCCUUGGCUAUUUCUUAAGUUGUUGUUGGUUUGUUUUUUUUUUCAUUUAUUCGUGGUGUGUUUAUCAUCUUUCGGUUUGUGUGUCGUCCGUGUUUUGUAUACGAUAAAUACCGACAAGUGCUUAUUAUGUUUGACCGUGGUCCAGCAACAAACGUCAUUAAAAAUAAAACAAUCUCUACAGCAACAACAACAACAACAUUAAUAAAUAGUUUUAGCUCUAGCAACAACAAAUACACUUAAUUUUUUACAAGUAACCGCUAUUAAAUCUUGUUUUAAAUAACUCUAACACUCUCCAUCCUUGUCUUACAACAGGCUUUGAAUCUCAUUGCAUAAAUAUUUAAAAAAUAAUUUACGUUAAAAGAAUUAAAUGGUCAAACAAGAAUUCUAUUCAAAUAAAUGAUGACUAAACACGAAGCUAUUGAGCAUGCGCAACAACAGCUUACUUUACAAUUUCUACACGCUCAGCAGUAAGCUCGAGCUGACAAAUAAAUGGAUACUGGAAGAGAUUUGUUGUUGUUUUGCGUUAACAAGAGAGCAUUAGGAGAAUAAGAUUUAUAAAUUAUAUAAACUGGAGCUAAGAGACAACAACAAAAACAGCAGCAACGAUUUAAUAAAAAUAUAAAAAUAAGAAAAGACACGAAGACGGCAACAAGUUGAACGAAGACAAGAUUAAAAAAAAAUAACAAAAAAAGACGACGACUUUACAACAACUAGUCAUCAACAUUUAUUUAUAUUUUUAAAACAUUCCUGUUUGUUUUUGUUUUGUUUUGGAUAUUGUUUUUUUUUGCAUGUAAUACAUCAAAAAGAAGACAAAUUUGUUUAUUCCACUACCAACGAAAGACCAGACGACAGACCAUUGAAUUGAGACCAGCAAAGUAGUAGUAGUAACCAGAAACUGCAAAAAGACAGCUCAAGAUAGCGGAAACAAUAAAAACAACCACUCGAAAGCAAAAACGAAGAGAAUAACUCUCAUCUAUCUCAAAACAAAAAACCUGUGUUAAGCCAUAAUUAUUUCAACAAAAAAAAAUUCAAUAUUGAUAAAAAAAAACUAACCAAAACACCAACUUGAACGACAGCUUCAGUUGGCAAAAUACUCUUCUAACAACAUCAUACAUCAAACACUGUGGAGCACCGUAACGUUCGGCAUCACCAUGGCUAGCAAUAUGCAUAAUACACGAUUAUUAAGAUUCUUAAUUGUCUUAACCAUUGUCGUCUUAACCAUUUUCAUCUAUACCUCAUAUUCAUCGACACAAACUUUAACGCCGCCACCAAUGCGCAGUGCUGCUUCACUGGUGGCCCUUUAUCCAUCACAAAUAAAUCGCAGUAGCAACACAAAUGAACUGGAUUCAAGUGCAGCUAAUAAUUAUGAUUCAAAUAGUAAAGUUCCAAAUGCAAAUACAAUAGAUGCCGCCCAUAAAUCAUUUAUAUAUCAUGCUAAUUUACCUCAUCCCUCGUUGGGUGGUUCACAUGGUAAUGAAAUGGUUUUCAUAAAGAAAUUAAUUCACCAUCGAGAACCAACAAUAGAUAUUAAUGCUAUCGAUGAUGGAGGUGGUGGAAAUGAGGCUGGUUUAGAUGGUCAAGGUUCGGAGGGUAGAGCAUUGGCAAACGCUGGUGUUGAUGAGAAUGCUGCCGAUGAAUUGGCCUUGGAGCGUUUUAAUAACAACAACGAUUUAUUGCAGGAGGAGCAGUACGUCCAAGCGGUUGAUAAUACUUUGGGAAAUAUCAACAAUUCAGUAACAUCCGCAGCAAGUGGUGUUGGUACCGGUGGCUUAGCGUCAUCGGAUACCAAUCAACAAUUAAAACAACAGCAUCAUGAUCAACUGCCGCCGCAGCAACAAGAUCAACAAAUUACUGCUGAUACAAAUAACAGCAACAACAACAACAAUAACAAUCUAAAUAAAAUACCAGAAUCUGAUGUUUUAAUACCCACAUCAAACCUACAAAAAUUCAUAGAAAGUGCUGAUAAGAUAUUAAAAAAUAUCACUAUUGUUCAACAACAACAACCCCCUUCUUCGGUGGCACCCGCUGACAAUGUUAAUAAAUCUGCCGAUAAAGAUGAGAUACCACAACCACCUUUGGUCGAUGCGCCAAAUGAGACCAAGCAAUUAGUGGAAGAUGAGGAAAACGAUGAAGCUUUACCGCCCUCCGUUAUAAUGACCAUAAAAGGAGCUGGCGGAGCAACAGUGGAAAAAACUAAUGAACCCAAACAAGCACCAGCAGCAGCGUCAUCAACAUCAAAUGUACCCAAAGUUACAUCCACCACAAAAAAAGUACCAAAAGUUGCUGCCGCCGAUCCCACACAAGGCAUACCAACAAAACAAAUUUACGAAUCGGGUCAUAUGAAUGAAGAAAUCGAUAUUAAUCAAAUCUGUCCGAAUAAAGGUGACAAAUUGAAAUUAUUAAUACUCAUAACAUCUGCCCAAACUCAUGCCGAAGCAAGAUUGGGCAUAAGACAGACCUGGGGUCAUUACGGUACACGACGAGAUGUAUCCACCGCUUUUAUACUAGGACGCACUACAAACGCCACCGUUAGUGAGGCAUUGACUCAGGAAAAUAUGAUUUAUGGCGAUUUAAUAAGAGGCCAUUUUAUUGAUUCCUAUAAUAAUUUGACUUUAAAAACUUUAUCCUCCCUGGAGUGGGUAGAUCAAAAUUGUCCCAAGGUCAAGUAUAUACUGAAAACGGACGAUGAUAUGUUUAUAAAUGUACCAAAACUUUUACAAUUUCUCGAUGCUCAUGCUAAAGAUAAGCGUGUAAUUUAUGGUAGAUUAGCGAAAAAAUGGAAACCGAUACGCAAUAAAAAAUCAAAAUAUUACAUAUCGACGGGACAAUUUGGUGCUACCGUUUUUCCACCCUUUACCACGGGUCCAGCAUAUGUCAUGACCGGUGACAUAGUACACGAACUGUAUGAGAGUUCCCUAGAGCAGCUCUACUUAAAACUAGAGGAUGUCUUUACCACUGGCAUAGUGGCCCAGAAAUUGGGUGUCAAAAGAGUACAUGACAAUAUGUUCUUAAAUCGACGUAUUGCUUUCAAUCCCUGUAAUAUACGCAAAGCAAUCUCAGUCCAUAUGAUUAAACCCAAUGAACAGUUUGAUUUGUGGAAAAAACUACUGGAUCAGACCACAAAAUGUAAAUAGUAUUUUAGUUUAAGAAUAUUUUAAAUAACUUACACACAUACACACUUUAUAUAUAGAAAAAAAAAAACAUAGAAACGAUUAUAUAUAUUUGUAAGUAUUGAAAGAAUUGAAAUGAAUAUAAAAAAAAA